AUGUCUUCCACUAGCACAGAAGAUGGAGGAUGUGAUACACCCACAAGCAGCAGUGUUUACCAUGAAUCAAUGAGAGAUUUGUCCUUGAGUGACUCAAUUGCGAUGCACUCCAAGAACUGUCCUUGGAAAGGUAGAUCAUUCAUUAUUCGCGAUCCUCAUACUAAACUUGUCAUUGGGCUUCAAAAAGGUGAGUUACGGCUUGUGCCUGAACACAGUGGGCAUGGGUGUGGUAUUUACUGGUCGUGUGUUGAGUCCGACAAGAUGUUACUGGGGUUUCAAAAUGUGGUCUCUGGCACCUUUAUCGGAUAUAAGAACAACGGCAUUCUAUCCAGCGCUCUAUUCAGCGCGCAGUAUAGUUUGCACGGGGAAUCAGAAUCGUUUUGUGUGCGAGCACAUCCAGAUGGUGGCUAUGUCCUCCUCGUGAAACAGGCAUGUGGGUUCUUGCCGGUGCAAAUAUGCAUGGACAGGUGGCUCAUGGUAGGCACUAACCAAGAUGAGGGCGUAGCAUGGGAGUUUAUCCGGGUCAAGGACGAACAUGCUAUUUAA